AUGUCUUCAAGUAAUCAUCUUCCUAGUCGCCGAAAGGAAAUCGAUGUUAUGAAGUUGCUCAAAGCAUCCCAAAAGGUGUACUUGUCUAAGAACAUCUCUGAGUUCUGGGUUGAGUUUGUCGGCCCCGAGGGCACCCCGUAUGAAGACGGAACGUGGAUCCUACACGUGCUUCUCCCUCCUGAGUACCCUUUCAAGUCCCCAUCCAUCGGAUUCGCGAAUCGGAUUUGGCACCCCAACAUCGACGAGACCAGCGGUAGCGUCUGCCUGGACGUGAUCAACCAGACCUGGACGCCGAUGUACGAGCUCAAGAACAUCUUUGACGUCUUCCUUCCUCAGCUGCUGCGCUAUCCCAACCCAGAGGACCCGUUGAACCCCUCUGCCGCGGCACAGCUGCAGCGCGACCCCACCGGCUACGUCUCCCACCUUCAGGAGCACGUCGCCGCCCACGCGACGCGGGAGAAGGCGCUCGCGAGCAUCCCAACCCCCUACGGGCCGCCCUCCCCUCAUGAGACGGGGGGGGGGACCUUCUCUUCCACCGAGGGGUUCAACGUGAACGGCCACCCCCCUGCCCAAACCCCUCCGGAGGGCGCUGUGGACGGGAUGGGGAACGGUACCAGGGGGGAGCUGGACGAUAUCAGGGUCGGCCAACUCUAUCCAAGGGAGGAGGAGGAGUACAUCCCCGAAGAGAUCGAAUUGUGA